ACCACAAUAUUCAGACUUAAAAACAACUGAUAAGUUGUGAAACUCAGACUCAAACUCAAUGUUAUUCUUGAGGACGUGAGAAAACGCAAUGGAGAAAUUUACUACAAUUGAAGCAUAUCAUGGAAAAGAACGUAAGACAUUGCAUAUAUCAAAGGACAUGGAAUACACCCAUUUUCUUGCCGCGAUGCGAGGAAUGUUUCCAAAGGGUUUUGAUGUCAUAAAGUAUGAAGAUGAAGACAAAGACUUGAUAACAAUGGGUAGCCAAGAAGAAUUUGCAGAAGCAAUCAGAAAGGUUGCACCAAAAAUUGGAAAUAAAUUGAAGGUUUAUCUGAAAAAUGGUGAAGAAAGCUUAAAAGGUGGAGCCAUCAAAACACAGGCAGCCACUGACCCCAACUUUCCAGCGUUAUAUACCAUGGACAUUAAAAGGCCACCAUCAGAUGAUAUUAUGCCUUCAGGUUUUUCACUUGUGGCAUGUCAAGAGAAUGAAAGCAAGAAUAAUGAAAAACCAAAUGGGAAAAAUUCAUUCAUGUGUUACAUGUCAUUGGCGAAUGAGCUUGCUGGAAAUGGUAAUGAGGAGAAUGGAAUAAAUGUUCUUGCAAGUGGGGAGCAUGUGUACUUGCCACCAGCUGAUUCAGGCUUGACAUUUUUUGAAAAUGCUGUCAAAGUUGAGAAGCCAAACAGUUUUCAGAGCAUUGAAUCAGUUAAAGAUGCAAACACAGUGAAGCAGGAAGCUCAAUCUGACUGCAAAAAGACCAAAGCUAAUAAAAGAAGGAAAAAGAAAUCAAGAAGUCAAUCAAGUAGCAGUAGCUGCAGUUCAACUGACAGUGAUACUGAUGGCAGCUCGUCGGGCACAUCAACAGGCUCUUCCACCUCCUGUAGCAGCAGCAGUUCAAGUUCAUCUUCAAGUUCCAGCUCUAGCUCUGAUACAGAGAACGCUAGUGAUGUUUGUAAAGAUGUUGUUAAAGUUGAAAAUGAUAAGGAAUGUGCUGGCAAGAAACUCAAUGAGCGAAAGAAGAGGCAGAGAAAGCAACACGAAGAAAGAAUGUUUGCUAGAAAAUUGGCACACUACAUUGCUCCAGAUGUUUGUGACGAAGUUGCUCACUGCAUGCACCAUUUUAAGAAAGAUGUGAAAAAAAUCUUGGUCAAGAAAAUAGUUGUGACUAUUGAAGACAACCUUAAGAAACAUGUUAACAGUAUUAUGCCAGUUUCUGAAGCAGCCGAUGCACAGAACGAGGGUGCCCAAAGAGAACGGGUGCUUCACGAAGGCAUUACUUGUGAUGGAUGUGAUCAGACGAUUUUUGGACCAAGAUAUAAGUGUGGCAACUGCAGUGACUAUGAUUUGUGUGAGAGUUGCGAAGCCCUGGAAGGUCUCCAUGAUGAAACACAUGCGUUUGUCAAGAUGCAUCGACCGAACGUAAAUGCAGGACGGUCAAAUGGAAAAGGCAAAAUGAAGCCACUGUUGCGACACAAUAUCUAUGUUAAUGAGGGGUCUGUCAAAGAGAGAAAAAGCAGCACAAAUUCGGAUAUGAAAAGCGUGGAUGAAAAGCUCAAUACCAGUGCCAAGAAGCUGCAGAAUGCUAGUGCUAAACAGAUUUCUAUUACAAAGAGUGGCAUGAAGGCCGAUGAGACGCCAGAGAAUCUUGCCGUUACUAACAGGGAAACAAGAGAUGCUACGGAAGUCGAACAGGCUAUCAACAACAAAAUUUCUAUGAAGGAAACGGUUAAUGAAGUCUUGGACCAGACAGAGCCACAAAAGGCGACUCCGUGUAAAGAAAUACAAAGAGCUACAAGCGAAGACAUAACAGAUGACGAGGUUGUUGUGGUGAAAAGAGAGGAGUUUAGUGAAGCACUGCAAGCAAUGAAGACACCAGAUUUGGUCGAGCUGGAUGCAGAAAGUGUUUCAAGCUAUGGUUCUGAAGAUUUCGUGGUUUUGCCUAAGUGUUAUGACUUUGAUUCUGGAUUGAAAGACGUCACACUAGAGCAUCUUCCAAACCUUCCUCGAUUGAAUGGUAUUUCCUCUGAAGUAAAUGAAUCAGUUGAGCAGAGGAUGACAGUUGAUCUUUUAGAUGGCACCUCUGGACACUCAAGUCCGCAACCUGUUGAUUCUGUUCCUGAUGUUACGAGCGCUGACAAGAAUGCGAUCUCAGGCGAAGUCAUUGAGAAACAGCCUGACGUUAAUUUGAAUUUGGCAUCACAGGUUCUCAUCACAAAGCAACCUGAGCUAGCAACACCGCCUGCUAAAGACGCUGUAAGCCCAGUGCUUCCAGCCAGCCAAGGCGAUGAGGAUUUUGGUGCCUCCAUAAUCCCAGAUCCAGUAAAGAAACAACCAUCUUUGCAGGAAACUCGCCAGCCUGAACCACUUGUCAUCUUUGGUCGUGGUCCUACAGAUCAGAUCGAGGAGCCCGCAAAAUUCUUUAUGCGGACAAGGGCAAUCGAAAGUGAUGCGGCAGAAAAUAAAGUUGAAGUCUCCCCAAACUCAUUCAAACACAAUACUGAUGCUUCGAAAGACGAGAGGAAUGCUGGAGACAAAAUGCAGAACACAUUUAACAGACCAUCGGAUAAGUUCCUUCAACAACAAAAAGAUUACAACAACGCAACAGUUAAAAGGCCACCUUCAUGGUCUCCGGAAUCCUUGCCUGGGUCUAAUAAGGCAGAAGGUGAUGUUUUCCUUUCUGGAGAUUUGCUUACAGAAGCCAUUUCUGGUCUCGUUGAUGCAACGACCACUGCAGCGACUGCAGUCUAUGAAGGUCUAAGCACAGCAAUAAAUUCUGGGAAGAAUAAAACGUACUCUGAUAAUCAGAACAAUAUCUUGACUCCUCCUCCAGAGGAACUCAUCGACGGUGUCCCAAGGCCUUUGCAGACCCCGGAAAGCCCCGAACAGGGCUUCAGACACCAGCCUACUGCACCUGAAGAGACACAAGGCACCAACAUACACCCUCAACCCCGAGACUGGCAUUUUCAGCAAAUGACAUGCUUUAUGAUAUGGGGUUCUACGACCGACCACGAAAUGCAAGGCUGCUCAGAAAGCACGACGGCAAUGUGAAUCUUUGUGUGGCUGAACUUCUUGCAGAUAACAACUGGCACUAUAAUCGACAUUGAAUCAGCUGAGCGCGAGAGACUACCCUUUAUUUCUAUUGAACAACUUGAUGCAUUGUGUGGGUAUCAUUGUAAAUUUAGAGAGGUAUUGGCUAGAGAAAUUUUCAUUUUAGUUAUCGCUGUUUGAUUCUUUAAAAAUUUCAUACCGCAUUGAGUUUUAAAUAAUCAGAGGUUGUUUUGUAGAUUUACCAAAAAUGAUUAUGACACUUCUUUACUCCUGAAUAAUAUCCUCAGCACGUUGUGAGUUAAUAUUGUUUUCAAAUGAUGACCAGAAACAAUUUCAAGUUGAACAAUCAAACUAUUUUAGAAUUUACAACCACCAUACAGUACGCUUGGCUAUACUCUUUUUUAAAAGGUAUACCUUAAUUCUUACAUUGAUGCAGUGGAAGGGAUCUCCCUGGCCUCAUCAAAGAUUUUGUGAUUUGUUACAAAACGUUAGCAGUAAAUUUUCUCAGAAAUUUAAAAAGACUUGAAUUUGUAUAACCAUGUAUCACUCAAUUGAGUUUAUGAAAUAUUUUAUUAUUUUUCGAUAGUAGAGUAGCUGAUCAUUCCUCUUGAAUUCUGCAGAACUUCGUUCCAAGACUUUUAGCAGCAGAGUUUGAAGAUUCUCAUUACUCUCAUUACCUCAAUGCCAGGAUGUGGGGUACUUUGUUAUUCAAUAGUAUGUCAAGCGAAGAUAGGCCUAUUUUUUAAUAGUUGUAAUGAAAGUUUCAAAACGUGUCGGAGAGAAGAAACAACCGAAGAGUCGGGUCGAUUCAAGUUAGAAGCCCAGGUGCAAAGUAUUGCCAUUCAACUGAUAUUUUACCUAAGCCAAAUUUUUGCAAAAAGAGAGUUAGACAGUUCCAAAGUUAGUUUCCAACAAUUACAUGAACUCGAGGAUGAAUCAGCAACUUUUGAAUGAAAAGUAUAUGAAAGCCAUGAAAAGAAAAAAUUUCCCCUUCCCCCUUCCCGCGUCUAUCCAGGAUUUUUGCAAGAGAAUCCGAGGCUAGAGCAUCUGUUGUUAAAAAUCAGGAGCGAAUGCACGCAUGUUGAGAAGAAUGAAGUUUGUAUUAUUUUAGUUAGAUAUAACAAGGACGAGGUCCUAAUCUCUAAAUUUGUAUUAGUAAGAUUGCAUGCUGAGAUAAAACGUUGCAAAAAAUUUCAGUUAGAUGUGUAAACCAAA